UUUUUUUUAGAAGAGGCCUCAAAUUCCUCUCUUUUCUCUAUUUUGUCUCUCUCCUCUGCUCACACUGUCGCAAUACUUCUCUGUCUCUCUUCUAUUCUAAUUCUAAUGCAAUAGAAAGAAACAAGAAGAAGUAUUGCGCUGGCCCAUAUGAACAGGCAGAGGUUGGGGAUGCAGUAGAUCUAUCUACUUUUCCCUCAUAAAAUAAGCGAAAAACAGAGCACGAAAAUCCCCUGUUUUUUUUGUUAAUUUAUUAUCGUUUGUAUUUUUUGAUUUCACACUCUCCCCUGAUUUCUGAGACAGAAUGGCUGAGGUCUCCGGGAGGAGCUUCUUACCGGAGGCGUUUCCGGGCUACUCGUCUGACAUCGGGGGUCAAAUCGGGCUUCUGUGGGAGCUAAUCAAGGCCCCAUUGAUAGUCCCAUUGCUGAAUCUUGCUGUGUACAUUUGCUUGGCAAUGUCGGUAAUGGUGUUCGUGGAGAGGCUUUACAUGGGAAUCGUCAUUAUUCUUGUGAAACUGUUCUGGAAAAAGCCGGAGAAGAGGUAUAAAUGGGAGCCCAUGAAUGAUGAUUUGGAGAUGGGGAGCGAGACGUUUCCCAAGGUUCUUGUUCAGAUCCCAAUGUUCAAUGAGAAAGAGGUUUACAAGAUCUCCAUCGGCGCAGCGUGCAAUCUCGCUUGGCCUUCUGAUAGGCUGGUGAUUCAGGUGCUGGAUGAUUCCACUGACCUUCUCGUCAAGGACAUGGUUGAGAGAGAAUGCAUCAGGUGGGCAAGCAAAGGCAUUAACAUUAGGUACCAAAUUAGAGAGAGCAGAGGAGGCUACAAGGCUGGGGCUCUUAAAGAAGGCUUGACACACGACUACGUCAAAGAAUGCGAGUACGUCGUCAUCUUUGAUGCCGACUUCCGGCCCGAACCCGACUUCCUCCGCAGAGCGGUCCCGUUUCUCAUCCAUAACCCGGAUAUUGCCCUCGUACAGGCUCGUUGGAGGUUUGUGAAUGCGGAUGAAUGCUUGUUGACAAGAAUGCAGGAGAUGUCUUUGGACUACCAUUUUACAGUUGAGCAAGAAGUUGGAUCAGCCACUCAUGCCUUCUUUGGCUUCAAUGGAACCGGUGGAAUAUGGAGAAUUGCUGCGAUCAACGAUGCUGGAGGGUGGAAAGAUAGAACAACGGUCGAGGACAUGGAUCUUGCCGUUCGGGCUGGUCUCAAGGGCUGGAAAUUCCUUUACUUGGGAGACCUUCAGGUGAAAAGUGAACUUCCCAGUACAUUCAAGGCAUUCCGGUUCCAGCAGCACCGGUGGUCCUGCGGCCCAGCCAAUUUGUUUAGGAAAAUGGUGAUGGAAAUUGCGAUGAACAAGAAAGUGACGCUCUAUAAGAAGUUUUAUGUCAUCUACAGCUUCUUCAUUGUCCGAAAGCUCGUAGCCCACAUGUUUACUUUCUUCUUUUACUGUGUGGUCCUGCCUUUGGCAAUUCUUGUCCCGGAAGUAGAAGUUCCCAAAUGGGGAUCCAUCUACCUCCCUUGCAUCAUUACGGCACUUAACUCUGUUGGAACUCCAAGGUCAUUCUAUCUGUUGUUCUACUGGGUCCUUUUCGAGAACGUGAUGUCGUUCCACAGGACCAAGGCAACAUUCAUAGGCCUGCUAGAGGCUAAGAGAGUCAACGAAUGGGUUGUCACUGAAAAACUUGGAGAUACUCUCAAGAACAAGUCUGAUAACAAGGUUCCUGCAAAGAAGAGAUCCAUCUCUAAGCUUCUUGGAGACAGGAUUCAGGUACACGAGCUCGGAUUCGCAGCGUUCCUCUUCAUCUGUGCAUGCUACGACUUCCUCUAUGGAAAGAACAAGUAUUUCAUAUAUCUGUUUCUCCAAGUUGUCACCUUCACAAUCACGGGACUUGGCUAUGUCGGCACAAUAGUUCCCAGCUCUUAGGAACAGCAGAAGCAUUUAUUUGUAAUCUGCACAUAACCAUGUAUACAAGAUCGAUUUGUUUAGCAAAAAAAACAUUCAUCUUGUAGAACAGAAACUGGAAGGGCUUCGAUCCGCCUGAAAUUUCUUGCCGACUGCCAGCAAAGAUGAGCAGAAAGCACAAAAAAUCAAGUUCAUGCUGUUGCACCAGCAUGUUAUACAGUCAAGAAGGAGCAUAAGUAUUCAUAAGCAGUACUAGAGUUAGGCUAAUAAUGUUCUUUUAACUUGAUAGUUUUCUUGUAGUUGCGUUGACACUACACUGUAUUUGAUUUUGUUAAGUAAUGUUAUUCUUUUUGAGGCUCCAGGUCUUCAAUUUUGUCA